AUGUCAUGGAGCCUUCGCUGCCAACUUCGGGAACUGCUCCAUCACAAGAACAGAAUUAAAAGCUGCAGAGUAUGGCCUCUCAAUGGCAUGGGAGUUGGGAUUUAG